AUGGCUGAACCUCUUCAACGCUGCAUGGCAGGUCUCCCGCCAACAAAAGAAUUAAUUGGGUUGAAGGUGCCAUAUGGCGCAUGGGAACCGGAUACUUUAAUCACUGAUACGUUUGGCAACCCCAUGUUUUCUGUGCUUGAUGUGCAACAUCACGCCAUGGGUGCUUAUGAAGCAAUCUUUGGUGAUGAAAAUGGCCACAAAUUAUGCUAUGUGAAAAGACGGUUGAUCACUAAAUAUGUCAAGGAUGGUUGGGACUUCUGCACUUACCGCCCCAAUUUCCCAGGUCAACCAAAGUACAAGGAACGUGAUAUGUACGGGAAAUCCGUGUAUCCGUUUUCGUUUUUGCAAGUGCGUCCAACAAAGUGUCGUUAUGAAUAUUCCAUCCAUGAAGAGGACUUGGAAAAUAUGGAUUGCCAUCUUGAGGCGCAUCAUGGUUGGUUAGGAAGCAUGACAAUAUGUUGUACACCGUUGGUUCGGUUUGGAAAAUGGCAAAUUGAUUUUCAUCGCCCCGGUGCAGGAGAUCCUGAGCUCAACAUUGACCAGUCCAAGAAUCUUCUUGAAGUGGAGCGAGGAAACGACUUACUUGCGGCUCUUUGUAUUGCGUAUGCCUUCGACAAAGCGCUUUGUCAACCUCUUGUGACGAUUAUUGGAUAUCAAGAGAAGGAGCACAUGGAUGACGAUGAUUCUCUAGAAGAUGAAGAUUACUACGAUCCAGAAUACCCUGCCUUACCUGCACCCGAAGAACAGAUGGAAGAGUUUCCAGCAUUGCCAUACCAAGAAGAAGAGUUUGAACCAGCUGGAUAUAUUGGCUAUGGAGACGAAACCGAAGAACCUGUUGGCUACAUCGAAGACGAUUAUUCACGUAGAGGUCAAGGGCAGGAUAGAUACAUUGAAUCUGAUGGUUACACUGAAGAUGGCUAUGACCAACCCUCGGGCUACCUUGAAAAUGAUGCAUACACGGACGAAAGUAAUAGUCGAGGCGGGCGCUACCAGGAUGCCGACAAAUUUGAUGAUGAACUGGCGUAG